AUGCCUUCUGUUAGACAAUUCGUGGCCUUUCUGACCUGCGUACUCCCGGCGCUCUCAAGUCCUUUAUCAAAGAAUGCUGAUAAGCCCGAUUCAGUACGCAACAAGUACAUCGUCCGCGUUGCUCCAGGCACCGUUGAGACGGAAUUCGAAAGUCACCUGAGCUGGGUCGCCACGGUGCACAAGCGAAGUCUGAUACACCAGCGCUCAACAGGUAUCGAGAAAAAAUUCAAUAUAGGCGAUUUCAAGGCCUAUUCGGGAGAAUUCGACGCGGAGACUAUUGCGAAAAUCAAAAAGGACGGACACGUUGUUGCGGUUGAGCCGGACCAGGUUGUCAAAGUCACAGCCUUGACGACGCAAUCCGCUGCUCCAUGGGGCGUAGCCAGUCUCUCAUCAAAGACUCCCUUGAGAGAUGGCAGCAGUACCAGCCGGUAUGUCUACAACAGUAAAGCCGGACAGGGAACUUUCGCCUAUGUCCUCGACUCUGGAGUCACCACUGCCCAUGCCCAGUUUCAGGGCCGUGGGAUCAAGGGCUACAACGCGUGGCCGACGUACGCCUUUGAAGACGAGUUCGGCCACGGCACCCACGUAGCCGGCAUCAUCGGCGCGGCCAAGUAUGGUGUAGCCAAGAAGUCCACUGUCGUCGACGUCAAAAUCGUGCGAGGUCUUGUAAGUCGUCUGUGAGCACCGCUCUCCGGAAGGGGG